AUGCGUUGUAUGCUUAUAUUUGCCAUAGCGGCUGUGAGCCUGGCCUGUGCUGCUCCUCCAAAAUCGCAAAAUGAGAUACUAGCUCAUUUCUUUGGCUAUGCCGAGACCAUCCGGGGCAUUCAAAUCCAUAAUAUGAUGUCACUCACCAUCAAAUUCGUGCAGCAAGUUGUGGACAGCGUUCCGGCUGAACAACGUGGACCGGGCACGGCUACCCUCCAGGCCUAUGCCAACAAGGGCAAGAGCCUCCGCCAGCAAGGCACCACUGGCGAGAAAUAUAACUACAUCUUCGAACUGCAACAGGUGUUCGAGGGACUCAACAGCAAGCUGAGUCAAUCGGCACCUGAAUCCCAGGUGAUUGGAAUGAGCCUGUUGGGCUUACUGGCCGUUAGCAGUGAAUUCGCCAAUGAGAAUGAGAAACUCCACAAUAAGUUCGUCGAAGGUGCCACCCAAAUGAAGGCUAAGUUGUCUCCGAGCACAAUAGUUCGGGAGAGUGAGCUCUUCGAGGCGAUCGACAAAUACAUCGCUUCCACUGAUAUACAGCAGCACGAAGCUCUCUUUUUGAAAAUCAUGAGCUUCAAGGAUAAGUACUAA